AUGGCCGGAUCCCCAAAUUCCAACCUGCGCGGCUUCAACCACGCCGUGCAGACCCUCCUCAAACAACCCUCUCAGUUCCUCCCACACCUAACCAUCCCGACAUUCACGCACCUCCCCGAGGACUUAGGCCCGCAUCUAGUUGGUGCAGCGGGCAAAGGGCCCGCUGGAACCCCCCAGCUGACCUCCCCCGAGAAGCCCAGGACGCCGCGGAUACCUAAAAUCUGCGCGCUCGUCCUAGACAAAGACAACACCCUCUGCCCACCAAAAACCACCACCUUCCCACCGCAAAUCCUCACUAAGCUGGCCGAACUCCGCAACUCCCCUACGUCGCCCUUCUACCACGCCACGAACCCACACUCGAUUCUUAUCGUAUCCAAUCGAGCCGGCAGCCACCCGAACUUCGACGGCGAGGUGCGCGAGCUAGAAGACCAACUCGCGCACCUGCGCAUCCCGGUGUUCCGGUUGCCGGCCGACACGGAGAAGAAGCCUUUCUGCGGAGACGAGGUGGUGCAGUGGUUCCGCGAGCGCAAAGUGAUCCAGUCGCCGAAUGAGAUUGCGGUUGUGGGGGAUCGCUUGGGAACAGAUGUCCUUAUGGCGGGGAUGAUGGGAUCGUGGAGUGUUUGGUGUAAAGAGGGUGUGUUCGAGCCCGGUGAGGAGGGGAAGCCGGAGAGGAAUAUUUUGGAGAAGAUGGAGGUUUGGAUUGAAAAAUAUCUACGGGAGAAGAGAGGGUUUACGGCGCCGGCGCCGAAGGGGUGGGAGGAGUGA